UGCGCUCACAGUAGCCGGCUGCCUUCCUUCCACCAUGGCUCGUUUGCAUACAUGUGCGGCCUGUGUUCAUGUCUCCGCACAGAGUGACCUGUGAACCUCAACGCACGAGUCGCCAUGGCCGAAUUUGGGCAGAUCGAGCGCGUCGGUCCACCGGUUGCUGCUUCUGAUUCUGCUGCUGCUGGUGCUGCAGCGCCAGGUGGAGCCGCAGGGAGCCCCGAGACGCGCCGCGGAGAAGAGCCGGUGUCUAACGGCAACUGCAACCCGACAGACCCGGCGGGGAGGCUCCAUAGGGGGUCCUUCUGUGAGUCCCCGACGUGGGAGGGCUUGGAUUCAGCCACUAAAGCAAUACCUCGACGCAGCAGUCUCAUUAAGGAUGGCUCCCGGGGGGGUCGAGAGAGGAAGAAGACCGUGUCCUUUAGCAGCAGCCUAUCAGAGAAGAAGAUCAGUAGUGCGGCCGACUGUAUUCACUCAAUGGUGGAGGGGAGCGAGUUGAAGAAAGUGCGUCCCAACUCUCGCGUGUACCAACGUUACUACCUUCUUGACGCAGGCCUGCAGGCUCUGUGCUGGGAGCCUUCCAAGAAAGAUUCGGACAAAGCCAGGAUUCCACUCGCCUCCAUCCGAGAGGUGCGAACGGGUCGUAACACAGAAAUCUUCCGCACGAGUGGCGUCUAUGAGCAGAUUUCUGAGGACUGCGCAUUUUCCAUCAUCUAUGGAGAGCUGUACGAGAGCCUGGACCUUGUGGCCCCCUCAACAGAAGUGGCUAAUAUUUGGAUGACAGGCCUAAGGUAUCUGAUACAAUAUGGGAAAAAUGCUCUGGACAUGCUUGCCAGGAGACAGCACAGACUUCGUCUUGGCUGGUUAGAGCAGCUUUUCUCCUCUGCUGCUGAUUCGGAAAUUCACAAGGACAUUGAGCAAGGUAUUUGCUUGCAGUCCGCCAUCAAACUGAUACAAACGGUGAAUCCAGGGGUGAGCAGUGCAAAGGUGGAGCAGAGGUUUAAAGAGCUUCAGAGGGGUCGAGAUGAGCGUCUUUCUCUUAAUAAUGGAUCAGGAGCUAAAGACCACACCAAAGUCAAACCAACACUGGGGGCGAGAAACGAGAGGGUCACGCAGCAGGAGUUCAUUGAGGUCUUUCAUGACUUUUGCACCCGUCCGGAGAUUUACUUUCUCUUGGUGCAGUUUUCCAGCAACAAGGAAUUCCUGGACACUAAAGACUUGAUGAGGUUCCUCGAGGCUGAGCAAGGUGUUGCUGAGGUGACAGAGGAAGACAGCCUAAGCCUCAUCCAGUCCCAUGAGCCAUCAGAAGAGGGCCGGCAGCAGGGCUACCUGUCGAUGGACGGCUUCAGUAGCUACCUGAUUUCGCCAGAGUGCCGCCUCUUUGAUCGGGAGCACGACAUCGUGUGUCAGGACAUGUCCCAGCCUUUGUCUCACUACUUCAUCAACUCCUCUCACAACACCUACCUCAUUGAGGACCAAUAUAAAGGACCUUCUGACAUUUCCGGCUACAUACGGGCGCUCAAGAUGGGCUGUCGAUGUGUAGAGGUGGACGUAUGGGACGGUACUGAUGAGGAGCCAGUGGUGUGUACCGGACACACACUUUGCCCCCCUCUUGCUCUGCGCAAUGUUUUAGAAGCAAUUGGACAGUUUGCUUUUGUUGCGUCAGAGUAUCCGUUAAUUGUGUGCAUCGAGAACCACUGCUCGCUUCGACAGCAGAAAGUGAUGAUGCAGCAUCUGGUGAAAAUACUCGGGGAUCAGCUCUUUACACACUCCCCAGACAUAAGGGAGUCAUACCUUCCCUCGCCACAAGCCUUAAGGCGUCGGAUCCUGCUGAAGGGGAUGAAGCUGAGGACGGGUUGGGAAGCGGAGGAUGGUGAAGUAAGUGAGGAGGAUGAAGGGGCUGAGAUGUGUCCAAGGAUGAAGGCAGCGGCGAAUGGGGGGGCAGCACCUGGAGACAGUGAGAAAGAAAAACAGCAGAGAAGCAUACAUUCAACAGCCGCCACGCAGUGUAUCCCCCCUCAUCUUCCUCACAAACGGUUCCUUCUGCUGAAGGAGCUUUCAGACUUGGUGACGCUUUGCGAGUCAGUCCACUUCAUUGACUUCCCGACAUCAGCCAAAAGACAAAAACCUUGGCAAUUGUGCUCCUUUCAUGAGACCCAGGCCGGGCGUCUCGCUGGCGAGAGCCCCGGCGACUUCGUCAACCAUAACAAACACUUCCUGUCACGAGUAUACCCGAACCCCAUGCGCAUUGAUUCCGGCAAUGUGAACCCUCAGGACCUGUGGAAAUGCGGUUGCCAAAUUGUGUCAAUGAACUUCCAGACAGCUGGACUGAUGAUGGACUUAAACACAGCCUGGUUCCGGCAAAAUGGAAACUGUGGUUACGUUUUGCGGCCAGCCAUCAUGCGCCAGGAGGUGUCUUAUUUCAGUGCAGAUACCAGAGACACUGUGCCCGGGGUGUCGCCUCAGCUGCUCCAUGUGAAGGUCAUCAGCGGACAGAACCUUCCCAAGCCGAGGGGUUCCGUGGCCAAAGGGGAUGUGGUGGACCCUUAUGUAUAUGUGGAGAUCCACGGCAUCCCAGCUGACUGCACAGAGCGUCGCACCAGGACCGUCUCCCAGAACAGCGACAACCCAAUCUUUGACGAAAGCUUCGAGUUCCAAAUCAACCUGCCAGAGCUUGCCAUGGUUCGCUUUGUGGUGCUGGAUGACGACUUCAUAGGAGAUGAGUUCAUAGGUCAGUACACCAUCCCGCUGGAGUGUCUCCAACCUGGCUACCGUCACGUCCCGCUUCAGUCACUGACCGGGGAGGAUCUUCGUCACUCCAAGCUCUUCGUCCAUGUGGCCCUCACCAAUCGUAGAGGAGGGGGGAAGCCUCACAAAAGGGGCCUCUCUGUGCGAAAAGCCCGGAGGAGGCGGGACUACACAGCUCUGAGGGACUUGGAAAUGCGGUCUGUUGACGAGGUUUUCAAAAUGGCUGGUCCUCUGUUGAAAGAGGCCACGGACUUGAGGGAAAACAUGCAGAAUUCUGUGGCUAUGUUCAGAGACCUAUGUGGGGUGUCGGCUGUAUCUAACCUCAUGCAGUGCAUACUCGCGCUGGGCUCCAGGGUGAGAGGACCUGAUGAGAUGCCUUUACUACUGUUUGACCUCCAGACACACUACCCCACCUUGGAGCCUCAGGGACCCCUGCCUGAUGUCCUUCGUCGUGUUGUCUCCACAUAUGAUAUGAUGGUCCAGGCCAGCAAAGCUGUGUUCGAGCUCUCCGACGGAAUCUAUGAAAGGAUUCUGCAUAUCCAGACGACAGCCAUGACGUUCCACGAGCAUUUGCAGAGCCUGGCGGCGAAGGAGGGGUUGAAAGGUCGAAAGGUGGUUCGAGCCGUGGAGAGCUUCACCUGGAACAUCACCAUCCUUAAGGGUCAAGCUGAUCUGCUCACGCACGCCAAGGCUGAAGUUCAGGAGAACAUGAAGCAGGUGCGCGACGCCGUCCUCACAGGCAACCUCGCUCGGGAGGGUCAAAGAGUUACGAGAGGUCGCUCGCAGUCACGGAGAAGUCAGCACGACAACCCCGCCAUGAGUGUGUGACGACGGAUUACAACGAUGUGACUCGACUUGACCCAAUUGCUCUCAUAGGUCUUGUCUGUCGACUACACGAUACUACGCACUCGCCGUCAAGGGCCAAGGAAUAUCCCGUUUCAUGUUUGGUAUUGUGCCACAUUCAGGUCUUCUUUCUCAGAAGAAGUCUGUACAUCAUGUUUGCAGGUCAAGGUUGGGCUGGACUCGGGGUGGGCAAAGUAUGGUCCAUUCUAUAUUCAUCAUUAUCAAGAGUACUAUAAUAUUAAUGUUGCAGUAAUUUGUCCUCCCCCCUUAAAUUAGUGAAUUAAAAUAAAUGUAUUCAUUUUCUUUGUAUUUAUCUCAUUGAAUAUAGGUUAAUUAAUUUACCGUAACUAACCCAAUUAAACAUAAUGGUAAACGAAAAAAAACAUACAGUGGUGUCUUGAGAAUUAAAAUUUCUAAUGUGAACAGUCGUAACAAAUCAUCUUUCCCCAUUGAAAUGAAUGGAAAUGCCAUUAAUCUGUUCCUGCCUCCCCAAAAAAAUACAUAAAUAAAUAAAAUAUUCUUAGAUAUUUUUUAAACAAGCAAAAUAGUACUGCAUAAUAUCUGACUUUAAAAAACAACAUACUGUAAUGACAUGAUUAAAUAGAAUGUAAGUAGUUACACCGUUUUUGCCAGAUAUUUCUGCUUCAUUCAGUGAACAUUGUGCUGCUACUGGUGUGCCUACCAUUGCCACCUGGGGGCAGUAUAAUACAGACACCGAUAUACAGAGAGACGGCCACAGCUUCUCAGUAUGCUGCGGUAAUAUUAAUCGUUCUUCACAGAGGAUGAAAAA